CUGAUCACUUCAAAAGCAUCACAUUCCCACUUCACUUAAACACCAACACUUUGACUCAAACUUACACACACCAACUUCAAUCAUUAAUUCAUAAUUCAUAUCAUCUUUGAAGCCGCCGGAAUGUCCCCGGAACACAUCUCCGGCUACUACAUAAUAUUCCUUAUAUAUCUCAUUUUCUUGAUCAUCAUUAGCCCAUCAUUUUCCCAAUCUAACCAACUUCAAACACUUUUCAAAUUCAAAUCAAAUUUGAUAAACUCAAACACACAAGUAUUCACAACAUGGAAUGAAAACAACCCUUUUUGUAACUUCACCGGAAUCAUUUGCAAUGAAAAGAAUUUGGUCAAAGAAAUCAAUCUUUCGCAACGAAAACUCGUAGGAGUUCUUGACUUUGCUUCAUUAUGUGAACUUAAAUCACUCGAAAAAAUCUCAUUUGGGUCAAAUCUUUUGCAUGGUAAUAUAAGUACCCAUUUAUCAAAUUGCAUAAACUUAAAGCAUCUUGAUCUUGGAAAUAAUCUUUUCUCAGGCGAAUUCCCAGAUAUAUCUUCUUUAAUACAACUUCAAUUUCUUGACAUAAGUUCAUCCGGUUUUUCGGGCCAAUUUCCAUGGAAAUCACUAAAAGAGCUUACUAAUCUCGCUUACUUGCGUUUAGGAGACAACCAUUUUAAUAAAACUUCAUUUCCUUCAGAAAUUUUGAAUCUUUUUAAGCUACAAACUUUGUAUCUUACAAACUGUAGUAUUGAAGGAAUGAUCCCAAAUGAAAUCGAAAACCUCGGUUUGUUACAAGUUCUUGAGCUUUCAGGUAAUUAUAUAAUGGGACCAAUCCCAAAUGGGAUUACAAAGCUUGUUAAUCUAGAAACGCUUGAGCUUUAUGAUAAUCGAAUUUCAGGUAUUCUUCCAUUUGGGUUUGGAAACCUUGUCAAGAUUUUGAGACUCGAUAUUUCGAAUAAUAGUCUUGAAGGUGAUAUUAGUGAGUUAAGGAACAUGACACUUGUGGAAUCUUUACAAUUGUUUGAAAACAAGUUUUCUGGUGGGAUUCCAUUGGAGUUUGGAGAAUUCAAGUUUUUGAAGGAAUUUUCUAUUUAUAGUAACAUGUUUACAGGUGAACUCCCUGCAAAUUUGGGGCCUAAUUUGGAAUAUAUUGAUGUAUCCUCAAAUAUGUUGAAUGGGACCAUUCCACCUGAUAUGUGCAAAAAUGGGAAAUUUGGAGAGAUUUUGAUGAUUCAAAAUAAUUUCACUGGCGGGUUACCAGAGACUUAUGCGAAUUGUUUGUCGUUGUUUCGGGUCAGAUUAAGUAAUAAUUCACUUUCUGGGAGAAUCCCAGAUGGGAUUUGGAGUUUGCCUAAUUUAAAAUUGCUGGAUCUUGCAAUGAAUCAAUUUGAGGGUCAAGUGAUGGCUAAUAUUGGUGAAGCCAAGUCAUUAGCACAACUUUUUAUAUCAAAUAAUCGGUUUUCGGGCAAGUUGCCCGAGGAAAUAUCGAAGGUUUCGUCUUUGGUGGAAAUUAAAUUGAUGUAUAAUCAGUUCUCAGGUGAAAUUCCGGCGAGAAUUGGUGAUUUGAAGAUGUUGACUAGUCUUCAUUUUGAAGGUAACUUAUUUUCUGGUACUAUUCCAGAGUCAAUUAGUUUGUGUGUUUCUUUAAAUGAGAUAAACCUCGCGGAAAAUUCCCUUAUUGGGAAUAUUCCCGCGAGUCUUGGCUUGUUACCAGGUUUAAACUCUUUAAACCUAUCGGGUAACAAACUUUCGGGCAUGAUACCUACGAGUCUGUCCUCUUUGAAGCUAAGCCUAAUUGAUUUGUCAAAUAAUAUGUUGAUUGGAAGGGUGCCGGAAUCUUUGUUGCCAGAGGCGGAUGAGCGUAGUUUUGUCGGGAAUCCGGGGUUAUGCGGUGAUCGGAUCAAAGGUCUUCAACAAUGUACUCCGGUUUCUCAUAAAUCGCGUGGUUUGGGAGUCGUGGGGUAUUGUUUUCUCGCGGGUGGGCUCGUGUUGGCAUUAAUGUCAAUAGCUUGUUUUGUCCUUGUCAAGUCGAGGCAAAAAGGUUGUCAAAACAUAAUCAAACGGGGUUGUUCGUGGGACAUGAAACAGUUUCAUGUCGUUAGUUUCAACGAAGAAGAUAUUUUACGAUCUUUAAAAGAAGAGUAUUUGAUCGGGAAAGGCGGGUCAGGGAACAUAUACAAAGUCGAACUAGGGUGUGGGAACAAGUUAGCCGUGAAGCAUAUGUGGAAGUCCGGUAUUGACUCCGUUGAGCGAAAAAGUUACUCAACUAGCACGACUAUACUACCCAAACAAAAAAGUAGGUCGCCAGAAUAUGAUGCCGAGGUAGCCACUUUGAGCUCGAUUCGACACGUAAAUGUGGUGAAGUUAUAUUGUAGUAUCACAAGUGAGGACUCAAAUCUACUUGUUUACGAGUACAUGGCUAAUGGUAGUUUAUGGGACAAACUACAUUCGUAUCAAAAGGUCGAAAUGGACUGGAAAAUCCGGUAUGAGAUAGCCAUGGGAGCCGCAAUGGGUUUGGAGUACCUACAUCACGGGUGCGACAGACCAGUUAUACAUCGAGACGUGAAAUCGAGCAAUAUUUUGUUAGAUGAGGAAAUGAGGGCGAAAAUUGCUGACUUCGGCCUAGCAAAGAUAGUGCAUACAAAUAAGGUUGCGGAUUCAAGCCAUGUUAUUAGAGGAACACAUGGUUACAUUGCACCCGAAUAUGGUUAUACAUUCAAAGUGAACGAAAAAAGUGAUAUCUACAGCUUUGGAGUUGUUUUGAUGGAGUUGGUAACUGGAAAAAAGCCGGUUCAACCCGAGUUUGGGGAAAACAAAGAUAUAGUAUGUUGGGUUCGAGACGAAAUGAGUAAGGACAAUGCAGUCAAUUUGGUUGAUCCAAACAUUUCAGAAGAGUCAAAGGAAGAAGCGGUCGAGGUGUUGACCAUCGCAAUACGUUGCACAACGAGGUACCCUGCACAAAGGCCGUCGAUGAGGAUGGUUGUACAAAUGCUAGAACAGGUCAAGCCUCAUGCACCUUUCGAUGUAGUGAUUGACAAUGACAUACAUAUAGUUAAGGACUAAAAUUUUGUAUGUUGGAAAGCAAUAUGCAAUAGCUUAUGUAAAUCGAACACUAUAAAUAAGGUCGUGUUGUAUGUUUUAUAUAGUCGGAGGCUUUUUGAUUCAACAAGGGAGAUAAUAAACUUGUGAGGUAUGUGUGUA